UAUAUGGUCUAUUUUCACCUCAUUUUCAAGUUGGAGAAUUUCAAAUUAACUUCUCCAUUGAAAUUUAAUCAAACCAUCCUUUAAAAGACUAUAUAUAUAUCCAAACAAAAAGGGGUUCCUAAGGACUCGUGUAUGUAUAUAUGGGGUCAUUUGUUUUCUCCAAAACCAUUCGUUUUCAAUUUCAUUAAAAUGAUGACAGCUCAGAGAAAAGGAUCGACAACCCUCCACACGUGCCAUAAGUGCCGGCGCACCAUUCUUUACAGAUGCCUCGCCGUAAUUCACACGUGUGGCAUCAUAGCCCUCAUGUAUCACCAUGUACACUCACUUCUCACAGAAAACACAACGACUCUAAUAACAUCUCUUCUUCUCCUCUGCGACGUCGCUCUCGCUUUCCUGUGGGCCAGUACGACUUCCCUCCGGCUAAACCCGGUUCAUCGGACCGAGUACCCUGAAAAAUAUGUAGCUAAACCGGAGGAGGACUUUCCGAAGCUGGACGUGUUUAUAUGCACGGCUGAUCCGUACAAGGAGCCUCCGAUGAUGGUGGUCAACACCACCUUAUCUGUGAUGGCAUACGAUUAUCCGUCCGAUAAGAUCUCAGUCUACGUAUCCGACGAUGGAGGAUCGUCGUUGACUUUGUUUGCUUUGAUGGAGGCUGUUAAGUUCUCUGAGCAUUGGCUGCCUUUUUGCAAGAAGAACAGUGUUCAAGAUCGGUCUCCUGAAGUUUAUUUCUCUUCAAAUUCACGCUCUUGGACUGAGGAAGCUGAAAACCUCAAGUUGCGAGUAUCUUCGGUGAUGACAAACUCACCAAUCAUUCUAACACUAGACUGUGAUAUGUACUCAAACAAUCCCACAUCACCGCUUCGUGCUUUGUGCUAUUUGUCAGACCCUAAUCUCAAGUCCGGUUUAGGAUUUGUGCAAUUUCCUCAGAAGUUUCAAGGAAUAAACAGAAGCGAUAUCUACGGUUCCGAGCUCAGACGUCCCUUUGAGAUUAAUAUGGUUGGGUAUGAUGGGCUUAUGGGCCCAAUUCACGUGGGCACUGGAUGUUUCUUCAAUCGACGAGUUUUCUUCGGGCCUCCAACUAAUUUGAUUUUGCCUGAGAUAGAUGAAUUGGGGCCCAAUCGGAUUGUCGAUAAGCACACGCUUAAGGCACAAGAUGUUUUGGCAUUGGCACACGAUGUAGCAGGUUGUAACUACGAGCGCAACACCAACUGGGGCUCCAAGAUUGGAUUUAGAUAUGGAUCAUUAGUAGAAGAUUACUACACAGGAUUUCUGCUCCAUUGUGAAGGAUGGAGAUCAGUGUUUUGCAGACCCCAAAGAGCUGCGUUCUAUGGAAGUUCCCCAAAAUGCCUAACAGAUGUAAUGGGCCAACAAAUGCGAUGGUCCAUUGGACUUUUAGAAAUGGCCUUCUCAAGGUAUAGCCCAUUUACCUAUGGCUUCAAAUCAUUAGGCUUAUUAACGGGCUUAGGUUAUUGCUACUAUGUAGUUGGGCCGUUUUGCUCAGUUUCUCUUCCGGUCUAUGGACUUUUACCCCAACUUGCCCUCAUAUAUGGAGUUAGCGUCUUCCCCAAGGCAUCGGAUCCAUGGUUUUGGCUUUACAUCUUUCUGUUCGUCAGUGCAUAUGCGCAAGAUUUGUCGGAUUUUUUGUUGGAAGGAGGAACCUAUCGGAAAUGGUGGAACGAUCAAAGAAUGUGGGUGAUGAGAGGACUCUCUUCGUUCUUCUUUGGUACAAUACAGUUCACUCUUAAAACCCUAAACCUCUCCACUCCAGGGUUCAAUGUCACCAGUAAAGCCAACGAUGAUGAGGAACAGAGGAAGCGGUACGAGCAAGAAAUCUUCGACUUCGGGUCCUCUUCGUCCAUGUUCUUGCCCGUGACAGUUGUGGCGGUCGUGAAUCUCUUCGCUUUCGUCUGGGGACUUUAUGGUCUUUACGCUUGGGGAGAUGGAUUCGUCCUUGAAUUGAUGCUGGCGAGCUUCGCUGUGGUGAAUUGCUUGCCUAUCUAUGAGGCUAUGGUGUUGAGGAAAGAUGAUGGGAAAUUACCAAAGGGUGUUUGUUUCUUGGCUGUGAUCCUCACGCUCGUUCUUAUUGUAUUUGGUUACUUUCUCUUCAAGUAACUUCAAUCGUUAGGGUUCAUUUACAGCAAUAACACAUCUGCUGAAGUAGAAGAAGACAGGGAGAAUAAUGUGGAUGGAACCUAUGCAACCAUAUUCAAAUCAGCAAAAUUUACAGCAAUAACACAUCUUCAAAUCAGCAAAAUUUAAGAUUUACAUUUUGUAUUUGAUCUACUCGCUAACAAAACUUGUAUUUGCUUAUUUUUCUUUCGGGCUAAUGAGUCAAACCGGUGAAGUUUGAGGAGAAUCUGGAUGGUCGUUGUCGUCGUUCACGGAGGCUUUCGUCGAAGAGAUGAAGACAGAGGAGCGACAGAGAGGGCAAGUGGUGUGAGAAUAAAGCCAAAGAUGAAUACAAUCGAGAUGAAAUAUGUGUUUACAUGAAGGCAUUUCCACCAACUCUUCCUUCAACUCGAAUUCUCCCAAACACACGCAACAUCUGCACCAAAUUUUCAUUAUUAUACCAAAUCAGUCAAACUUUCAAUCAACCAAAAAACAAAAACCAAUGAUAACAUUAACGUACUCAAAUGAGGAUAUGAAAGUAUUACAGACUUUUUUAAAUAAAUUUUGAGUUUUCAAGAUGGGUAUUGUACUAAUUCGAAUGAGGACAAAAACAAUCCAGUGAAUAAAGGUAUAUGUUGUCUAAAAUCUUGAUUUUGGUCUUAUCUGGAAUUUUAACCUUUCCGUCUUUACUUUUAAUAUUCCUUAGCUCUAAGCAACGGACUAAAAACACUUGUGAGCAAAUUGCAUCUCAAUUCGUAUAUUUCAACCUUCAAGAGAUUCGUAGACAUCUAUCUCAAUUCGUAUGUCAAACAGAAAUGGGGACUACGAAUCUUGACAGUUAUAGCUCAAGCACAUGAAAGUUCAUAAAAUUGAAUUGGCCUAAUUGAAGUUUUGUUCAUUACAUUUUGAAUAUCAAGAUGCUGUCACGAUGUUGAAAAGAU